GAAUAUUUGUUUUUUUAAAGUUGGCCCUGGCCGCCUGGUGCCCUGUCGGUUGUCAUUGUCAAUUUCCUGGAUAACAAAAAACCUAACCUUUUCUUCUUUUUCCCACGUCUUUAAAUAAAGUUAAACGUUAAAAGUUGAAAGAAAUAAAAUAGUUUAUUUAUUGUUAGAAUUAGUAGAAAGUAAUUUUUAAUUGUUUCAGUUUCAAACGUUUUCAUACAAUUCACUCAGAAUGUUUUGGGGAUUAAUUAUGGAACCGCAAAGGCGGUAUACCCAGAAAGUCAAAAAAGCUUUUCACAUAUCUAUGGCAUCCUUGGAUGUAUCUACAUCAUCUGAAGAACCGGCUCAAGUGAUGGUAGGAUUCGAGGGAAGAAAUUACCUACUGUGUACAUUGAGAAAACCAGACUUGUUACAGUGUGCCCUAGAUCUUAAUUUUGAGGUUGGUGAUGAACUUUCCCUUGCUGCUAAUGGGAAAUGUCAUGUACAUCUAACAGGUUACUUAAUAGAAGAUCCUGACGAGUUGCUUGAAGAUGAUGAUGAUGAUGAAGAUGAAGAAGAGACUGUAGAAAAGGAAGUUAAGAAGAAAAAUAAAAGAAACAAAGAAGAGGUUGCAAAUGGCCCUCCAGUUAAAAAACUAAAAGCUAAUAACAAGAAUGCACAAGCUGAGGAUUCAGAUGAUGAUUCAGAUGAAGAUGAUAGCGACGUUGGUGUUAAAUAUUUGUUGCAAAAAACCUUAGAAAGCGACGAAGAUGAUGACACCUUCGUAUCCGAUACUGAAGAUAAUGGAGAGGAAGAAGAUGUUGGCGAAGAGGUUAAUAGCGAUGUAGAUGAAGAGGAGGAAGAUGAUGAAGAUGAAAGUUCUCUAAGUGAAGCUGAUAGCGAUGAUGAAUUGGCAACCCCGAAUCCGACUGCUAAAUUGAACGGUUCGCCAAAAAAACAAGAAAUCAUAACGCCGACCAAACAAAAAGAGAGGAAAGAUAAGAAGAACGAGCAAAAGAAGCAACAAACCAAGGAAGUUAAGACGCCCAACAAAGAGAACAAAUCGCCUAAAGCGAAAGAAGCCAAGAAGGCUGUACUUCAAAACGGGCUGAUCAUAGAAGAUAUAAAGGAAGGUCAAGGUCCACCUGCUAAACCAGGCAAAUUCAUUAGCGUAUACUACGAGGGAAGACUGAAGAGUAACAACAAAGUGUUUGAUGCGACAAACAAAGGUGCCGGAUUCAGUUUUAGAUUAGGAGGUGGCGAAGUAAUUAAAGGUUGGGAUGCCGGAUUAGUUGGUAUGAAACUUGGCGGUAAAAGACGGUUAACUUGUCCACCAAAUAUGGCAUAUGGUCCAAAAGGUUCGCCGCCAACUAUUCCAGCCAAUUCAACGUUAGUUUUUGAAGUGGAACUUAAAAAAAUUCGUUAAUCUGUGUUGGGAUUUUUAAUUUUAAGUUUCCAGAUAGUUUUUUUUAUAUUACGCCAUAUUGGAUAAUAAUAGGUAUUUUCCUUUGCAUCGAAAGUGUAGGACUGAGCUACACCACUUCUGAAAAUAUCGUUCCAUUUAUACAAAUUGUAUGGAUGG